ACAAAUUUUCAUUUCCUUGUGUUUGUUUAUGUGAAAUCAGGAAUUGUUGAAGGUUUUUUGGUAAACAAGAAACUAAUAUUAUUACUGCUAAAGUUUACUACAGUAAAUAGUUUGAUUUGUCUAGGACACACAGUACCUAGUCAAUCAUUUCAUAAGAUAAAGAAAAAAAAGGGGUUCAUCAUUGAACAUUAAGCUUUCAAAAACUUCCAAUUUACUUCCAUGCUUUGCUAGUCAUCCGCUACCUUGUUGCCUUCCGUUAGUAUAUGCGUUAAAUCCGAACUUCCUGACUCGAGCAUUAACCACCUGCAAUCCAUUUGAAUUCUUUGUUUUGGGAUUAGUUAUAUUUUCCUUGAUGCAAGACCAAGGAAAGCAUAAAAGGAAAGAGCAAAAUCUUAACUUUUUGAUUUGAUAUGAUUUGGAUAAUUUAAAACUGCUAAGAGAAUCAUUAUGGAUGCAGUACAUACCUCAGAACAAAGCUGUAGUUUCUGCACAGAAGAAUCUCGCUUCCUCAGUUUCUGCUCAAGACCUUACGUUGUUUGAGAUGGAAAAUGAUAAACAUGAUGAUUCUUCUCCUAGAGGAAUUAUUGAAGCGUGCAUCAGAAACCAGGAGAAUGGCUCCGAUUCUCCUAAAGCUAAACCCUCAGGUUCUCACUUCUGCUUGUCAAAUCCACGGAUGCCCUCUCGAUGGCACAAGUUCUUCAAAAUGUGGAAGAGAAGCUCCAUCAAGAGACUACCUACCUUUCCACCUUUAGCCGUUCCGAGGAUAUCGAGAAGGAAAAGCAGAAGUGCGAGGGAGAAUGUAGCAACAGGUUUCUAUCACUUCAAAUCCUCCUGGAAGAACUUCAGCCUAUCUGACCUGAAAAAUGCUACCAAUAAUUUUAGCGAAGAAAACUUGAUUGGCAAAGGAGGGUAUGCUGAAGUUUACAAGGGUUGUUUGCCUGAUGGUCAGCUUGUCGCGGUUAAGCGCCUCAAUAAAGGUACACCAGAGGAGCAGGAAACUAGCUUCCUAUGUGAGAUUGGUACUAUAGCACAUGUAGACCAUCCUAAUACCGCAAGGAUGGUUGGUUAUGGAGUGGAAGGAGGGACAUACCUUGUUCUUGAGUUAUCUUCUCAAGGGAGCUUAGGAUCAUUUCUUCGUGGCUCAAGGGAUAAACUAGAUUGGGCUGCCAGGUACAAAAUAAUUUUUGGUAUUGCAAAUGGCCUACUUUACCUUCACGAGAAUUGCCAAAGGCGGAUUAUACACAGAGAUAUUAAAGCUGAUAAUAUUCUACUUACGGAGGAUUUUGUGCCUCAGAUUUGUGACUUUGGCCUUGCGAAGUGGCUUCCCAAAGAGUGGACACAUCAUAAUGUGGGCAAGUUUGAAGGCACAUUUGGUUAUUUUGCUCCGGAGUAUUUUAUGCAUGGCAUUGUGGAUGAGAAAACCGAUGUAUUUUCUUUCGGUGUGCUGCUAUUGGAGAUAAUAACUGGAAGACAAGCAUUAGAUGAUUCACAGCAGAGCCUUGUGCUUUGGGCAAAGCCUCUGCUCGAUAAGCACGACAUGAAAGGACUAAUUGAUCCUGUUCUUGGUGAUAAGUACAAUCCAAAAGAGAUGCGGCAUGUUAUUCUAACAGCUGGCUUAUGUGUAGAACAGAACCCACUUAUGCGGCCUAGAAUGAAUCAGGUUAUGGUCCUGCUGAGAACUGAUGACGGCUACAAUAAGAAAUGCAUGCGAAGGACAUAUUCAGAAGAACUCCUGGAUGCAGCCGAGUACAACUCGACAAAAUGUUUGCAUGAUCUUAAACAGCUUAAGCUAAGAAAUUCAGUUUCUGAAGACAACAUAAAGACCCCUUAGCAGCUUAGCUAGAAUUGUUAAUCAUUUUGUCACAUAGUUUAGUCACAGCUUAAAGGAAAAUUAAGUUUUUUGGGUGUGUUUUUUACCCUCAUAUGUACUUUCAGAUAAUCUUCCCUGUUUUGCAUGGAAUUUGAGAAAGAGGUAUAAAGGCCCUCACUCAUUCAAAUGCCAUGGGAAACAUAGUGACCCGCUGCCGAAACUAUUUACAUUAGGCAGCUGCGAAAGUGUAUAAAAUUUGUAUUUUUUUGUAAUUUGUCUUGCCCAAAUUACCACCCUGUAAUAUGAAGCCUUGUCCAGUCAAACGUACGCCAUAUUUAUUGUUUACUUUUUUCAGUCA